AUGCUGAAACAGGUUCGAUUAUGUCCUUCAGGAUGUCAAUAUUGGAACAAAUCAGUCCUUGCCCGUGGAGGCAACCUGCUUGCUUACUGCUCAACUCUUGCAAUUUACUUCAUAGACCUCGACACCUAUAACAUAACCAAAAUAAUUGCCGCUCACGAACAGACCAUCUCCUGCUUAUCAUGGAGCAUCCCAAACCCUUCCUUACUGGCAUCAGUUUCAUCAGACAACUCCCUCUAUGUGUGGAACAUUAAUCACGAUGAGCCAGAACUUUAUAUGCAACUCACCACUGCAGUUCUUAUGAUGGAGUUCAAUCCUUAUAAAGAAAACGAAAUUUUAUUUCUCCAUGAGAAUGGGGACAUAAGAAUCCUCAAUACAAUUACUAGGACCAUCACCAGGAAGGCUAAUUAUGUAGGGGUAAGGCCAAGCGUAAUGAGAUUUCACCCUAGUGCUGAAGGGAGGUUUGCGCUGGGCUGUGCAGAAGGAGUAGCGCUAUUUGCAGAAAUGGGACAUGACAACGUAAAAAGACUAGAAAUGCCGAAACAGCCAGCUGCUGCUGAAGAUGUGCAAUGGGAUCCACUCUCUGAUAAGUAUUUGCUAGUUUCCUUUAAAGAUGGGAGCAUGGUGCUAUUCGAUGCUGUUGAAGCAGGCAUCCUGCAAACGUUUGACAGGCAAGGAGCAGGGAUAAGAAGCAUUGCCUGGAACAAAAAAAGUCCUGGAGAAUUUUUCACAACAAGUGAUAAGAUUGCUGCUUUAAAAGUCUGAAACGUUUCUAAAGCUUCACCAAUUGAUACAAUCAAGCUUGGAAAUACAGGAAUAAGGCAAAUUUCCUAUUUACAUGAUAGGGCUUCACUUAUAUGCUCAUUUAAGAGUGGAGCUGUAGGAGUUUUUUCAUUAAUUAAAAAGAAGCUCGAGUUUUGCACUGAAUCUGGGCACGCUGAAACUGUUUUUGAUAUUAAAAUCAACCCUCAGAACAAAAAUUUGUUGGCUACAGCUUCUUAUGAUGGGAGUGUGAAAAUCUGGGAUUUGAGGACCAUGAAAAAUAUUGAGACUUUAUAUUCAGAUGCUCUAGAGCCUGGCCAGUAUAAGAUUCAAGCUAAAUCAGUUUUAUAUGGUGUUGCUUGGGGACCAGACACACUAAUUGCAGCUUGCAGUGCAAAAGGAGACGUGUAUUUAUUUGACUAUUCGAAGCCAAAACUAUUGCAUAGGUUUAGACCUACAAUAGAAGCUCCUAUAUUUAGAAUCGACUGGAGCCCAUUAGAUCCUAAUAUGCUUGCUAUUGGGACAUCAGAUAACUAUUUAGUCACUAUUAGAUUAGAUGAACAGAGACUCGUCAAAACCAAAAUGAUCCGCCAUGUUCACACUGUUUACGGGGUAUCCUGGCAUCCUACGAUUCCUAAUAGAAUUGCAACUGGGUGUCAAGACUCAAGGGUUCGUGUAUAUGAUUUAGCAUCAGGUAAUGAUACCUGCAUUGAGCUGCGCGGCCAUGAUGCAAAAGUGUUCAAUAUAGUUUGGAACCCAGAAUUCAACAACCUUUUAGCAUCUUCUUCUGAUGAUCGCUCAGUUAUAGUAUGGAACACAACUGAAAGGACUAUAUAUAGAAGACUGGCAGGGCAUACACAAAAUACAAGAGCUGUGGCUUGGAAUUCAGAACUACCUUGGAUGCUUAUUUCUGGGGCUUGAGAUAGCAAAAUUAUGAUAUGGGAUAUCAGGACAGGGAAUUGCUUAUACACGGCUCAUGAGCAUCAUGCUGAUAUUUACGGAAUUUGUACACAUCCAGCUAGGCCAUUUCUAUUUAUAUCGUGCUCCAGAGACACUUCAAUUAGGUUUUGGAGCUUACUUCCAUCAAUUGAGGUAGAAAAAUUUUGAUUUAUUUGCAAUCAAGUGAUAUAUCUGGGCUUUUAUUAACCUUGAAGAUUAUAAAUUAUAAGCACAGAAAAUAUAUAGGGUUUUACCCUGCGUAGCCCUAUAUUUUCGAUCGAAAUAAAUUAAUUUUUAACUCUAUCAAAUGCACCUAACUUAUAGGAUUGUCAAUAAUUUCAGGGGGUUAGAAGAUUAUGUUGAAAAGCUCGAAAUAAAAGUACUAGUGAAUCAAGAUUUAUCCAGCCUAGUAAGCGCUCAAGGAUCGCUUGAUCCUAACGCGCCUUUUAUGCUAUGCGGCUCAGGAAGUAAAGCUGUUCUGCAAAAAUUGGCAUCAUGUAAUGAAGUCGAAAGAUAUAAAGCGCUGCUAACAUUCUUUAGGUUCAGAGGAGGAGAAGAUGAAUUCUUUGACAUCCUCAACUUUUUAUUGAAUAAAAAGGAGUGUAACCCUAAUGAUCAAAUUUUACCUAUCGAAUCGAUUUGCCAGUCCAAAAAAUCAAGAGCAGCUGAGUUAGAAACUGCAUCAGGAAUGGCAUUUCUAGGCAGCGCCCUUGCUAAAAAAGAAGACAGGCUUAUCGAGGCUGCAAAGAUUCACUUAAAGCUCGGUAACAUCAGACAAUAUUGCGAAUUAAUGAUAAAACUUGAAAAAUGGGAACGUGCUCUUGCAUUUGCACCCGGAUUCUGCCUGGAUUAUUGGCAAAAUGUUGCAGAACGUUAUGCUCAAUAUCUCGGACAAAACGAAAAAGAAGAGACUGCAGCUGUUUACCUUGCAUGUGGAAAGGUUGAUAAAGCCAUCAAAUUCUUCCAAAAACGCAGAGACCAUGACGAUGCCCUUUUAGUUGCAGCAAGCAAAAGUGCAGGAGUUUUUGGGGUUGUUCCCCAAGAAGGGCCUAGAAAUACAGCAGAAGGCCAGCAUGAUGUUUCUAAGCUCCAAGAAAUUACUUCAAACUUAGCAGAAGAAUUCUUUGCUGACUGCAAUUCAAUUUUAUCAGCAGCUUCUCAUCUUUCAUUGCCAGACCCAGACGGAGCACUUACAAAGCUUUUAAGAGCUCACGAAGUUACCUAUGCUUAUGUGCUCGCAAAGCUAUAUUUAUUGCCUCAAAAAUCUAUUUUAUUUAUUCUAGCUAAAAAAGCUGAAAAAUCCCAAGAUUGGGAACUUAUGAUGAAAUUGCUAGAAAACAACCUCGACCUUAAAGAACUCUUUGCUGCAAGAUUGCCUGUGGGCUAUGAUUAUAAAACUUUUGGCUUGCUAAAUCAAAAUGAUUAUGCAAAUAAAGCAGAAGAUGAACUGAGGACUGAACACUUAAAAGAAGCGAUAAGAUAUUAUGUAGUAGCUAGAUAUGCACAAAAAGCGUGCCAGGUCGCUAUUACAAUGUUUAGAGACUACCUGCAGCAGGGUAACGAUUUGUCAGAGCUUUUUGAAAUGGUCGAAUAUUUAGGCUACUUAAAUUUAGAGCCAGUGACUAAAGAAGUCAAAGCAGAAAUUUUAGCUAUUGGGGCUUUAUUAGGCGCUAUUCAUAGCACUUGGAGAGGCUAUUCAAUUUCUCAUAUACUAACCUCUACUUAUAGUAACAUUUGCAGGCAUCAAAAUUUGAAUUUGCCAAUUCCUUUCUCCUUUGGGAUGAUGCUAAAUGUAUUGCAAGAUAUUAAAAGAAUCCCUGAUCAAGUUAAAGAGCAGAUUCCAGGCAUAAUCAGCAAUUUAGGCCCAGAAGAUGGAGAAUCGUUGCAGUAUAUUUAUGAUGGGCUUGGGAAAAGAGAAAUAAGCCAGCAAGCGAACAAUCAAAUUAAGCUGAUAGGGUCGAAUUUGCCAGCAAAUAAUUUGCAUGCAAAUAUGCCUGUUUCAGUGUUUAACAGAAGGAUAAUUCAAGGACCUUCAUAUUCAAUGGGAAACUUCGCAAUAGGAUUAGAUGAAGCUUUGAUGUGGGCAAAGGUGAAUCCUUUUUCACCAAUGAACGAUGGAUCUAUUAUUAAUCCUUAUUAA